CACGAGCAUGGAAACGAACACUCAUACAAUUUGGUUGGCAGCACACAUUUUGGCCAAUUACCAGUGCUAGCUGCUGAAUGCUUAGGAAGUUUAGUUUACAAAACGAGCUCUUGGACUAAUGGUCGUGGGUGAUGCGUACCGGGCCAAAUUUAAUGAACGGUUAAUAGCAGUUGGUCAAUUUGAAAACAAAAACCUCAAAAAAAGUAGAAAACGAGUAAUGGAAAAAAUAUAUAAAAAUAAUUAGAAUCAUUACUAGCAUUACGUAAUUAAAACGGGUGAUGAUUUAAAAAAAAAAUACAAAGAAAAGUAAAAAAGGGUGCAAGUGGAAAAUCAGUAAUGAAAAGCAUUGCAAAAAUUAUAAAAACAAAAGCGUGAUCCAGCAACGAAUUUUAGUGAAUUGUGCUAAGCGUUGACGCGCCCAUUUGGGGGUGUGGUGCGGCGACGAUAAGUGUAUCGUAGUGCACUCAGUGAGCUAUGCUGGCGUUUGGCGCCCACAAAAACCGCUUUAAUUGUUGUUGUGACUGUUUUAACAUUUUACUAGCGGCGUGCGAAAUAAAACUAACAAAAAUACUAAUGUUUUUCUAAGCGUGUAUGUGUGUGUGUGUCAAUGUAAAGCUGUCUACACGCUCGGCUUAGACGACGACAGCGAUAUGCCCGACAAGAUUUAAGCGUUUGCAGUGGCUCAGCAUCUGUGCUUUUUGUCUUCGGUUUGAUGCCAUUCGUCUAUUCUUCGCUUAGACUUUGCUGUUUUUGGCCUUUCCGCAACUGGCUUUCAAGCGUUGGCCAUCAGUGGCGGCUGCAAAAAUAGUGGCAGCAGCACCACAUUUGCAACCGCUGUGGCCGGGUGUGCCGUUUGUGUUUGUGUCUCUCUGACUGCAUCUCUGUUUAUAGUGCGCGUCCAACUUACUGUAAAUUGCAAAAACAAAAAAAAAACAAAAAAGGCAUAAAACGCAAGAAAAUCAAUUAGGAAGAUAACAAAGUUAAAUAAAACAAAAAAUUAUUGCUGAAAAUGCAAUUUGUGUGUGUGUUUGUGUAUUUGUAGCAACUAGUUUUGUCAGCUGUAUAUAGAAUAUUAGGCUCAGUGGCAUUAACUUAAUUUUUAAUUAAUUAAUUAGAAAUUUGAAGUUAUAAUAUCCAUAUUACUUAAUAUUCUAGUAACUGCUAUAAUUUACUAAACAGAGCACAACUAAAAUUGUUAAUUUUUUGACAAACAAAACAAAAAAUAUAAAAAGUAAAAAAAAAAUUAACAAAAAUUAAAAAAAAAAAAUGUUUGGAAACAUAAACAAAAGUAAAAAAAUAAAUGAAUUAAUAAAAUAUAAUAUAUUAUAAAUACAGAAUGAAUUCUAGACAUCUACUGAAAGUGUUAAGUUUUAACAAGCAAAACAAAUUAUAAAAAAUGAAGGGAAAUUAAAAAAAAAAAUAAAUAUUAAUUUUGGUCAAGUGCAAGUGAAACAAAAAUUCCAAAAAAAAAUAAAAAAAAAUUCUAUAUAUAUAAAUAAUAUCAUAUUUAUGCCUUCAACAAAAAUUUGAGUGUCAAUUUCCUUCAAACAGAGCAAAACAAAAUUGAAGUCGCAGAAGCGUGAACUUGCUGCAUAAAUAAAUAAUACUUAAAGUAAGCCUGAUCACCAAGCUCAACACUAUUUGUAUACUGUGCAUAAAUAAACAAUUAUCGUUGCUUUUUAAAGUUCUACCUGCAACAUCUGAUUGAUUCCCCAAACUCCAAGUGGUUGAACUCUUUUUCUUGUUCUAAAAACUUUUAGAACCUGCGACUACAUUUAGCUGUAGAUAAAUACAUAGGUGUACAUAGCUGUUUAAUUCAGUGUGAUUCAAAGGAUUUAAUGUAAAGGCGCAUAAAAAUUAUCGAUUUUAUCAACUCAUGCGAUAUAAAGACUGUAUAAGUGAAAAGUGCAGUGGAGCAUAUAAAUAAUAUAAAACCAUCUUUUUCACCAAUGGGGAGACGAUUUCGAUUCCAAUUAAAAACAAGCAGCAAUAUUACAAUAUCAACAUAUGCAAGGAAAACUAUGAAAAGUUAGAUAAGUUUCAAGAAAAUAUGAAAACAUUUACAAAAUCUAUGAAACCAGUUUGUAAAAUUCAAUAAGUUUCAACAUGGCUUAGAACAGCAGAGAAUUGAAGCUGAAAGCUCAUCAACUCAUGUCAAUCACGCAGCCAAUAUUUGCGUAGCGCUACUCCACACAUACACCCACAGGCGACGAGUUCCCGCGAACAACCAAUCAACGGCUGACAAAGCAACAAAGUAAAGUUAAAUUAAAGCACGCGCCUAAAUGUAUGCAACGCAACGUGCAACGCAACUUGCUAAAACUAUAACAAUGGCAUGCAGCGUGCAGAAGCAACCCACUCAACCGCAACACACAACCGCAUCAGCAACUGUAGCGGCAGCCGCCGCGAUACCACCCACAAUGGCUGUGACUGCAAUGGCAACCACCAACAAUAACACAAACAACAACAACAGCAAUACAAACAACAUAGCCAGCCAAAUGGGCGGUGGUGGCAGCAACAGCGGCAGCAAUAGCAGCAUGAGUGGUGGCGGUGUUGGCAUUCUAGCCGCAGCUAUCAGUGACGCGACCAGCAAACCGCUAACACCAAAACCGCGGGGCUCAUUACCCAAUGACGCAAGUCAACCGCCACAGGUAGAAUUCCACUGGCCAUCCAUACCGGUGAGCACGCACACCAGCAACCUGCGCCUGAACAUGAUGAAUCAGAAUCCGAAGGACCUGCACACGGCGCGACUCAUGAUCGAGGAGUUGCGUACGAAGGUGCGCUAUCAAGCGGAGCACAUAAUGAAAUGGCGGCAAGCAUAUGGGCUACAGAUGCAGCAGCACUACCGCUACCAGAAGGAGAAGUCGGAUCAAUUGAACGCGCUGACCUCACAACUUCUCCUGCUGGAGUCACGUUUAAAACGUAGACAAAAGCAGAUUGCGAGCCUGCUGGGCCAUCGUGAGCUCACCAUACAGCGACAGCAGAAGAUUAUCGAUACGCUGUCGAAUCGUCUGUCCGAUCACGGUCUGGAUGCUAUCGAGGCGAACUUCACCACGGAGCUGGAUUCACUGAACGACUCCGACUCGGCUGUGGUGCUGGAAGAUAUCGACUCGGAUAGCAGUAAUAUGCCCUUUGGCGCAAGGCGACGCAGCAGCGGUGGCGGCUCAAGUGCUGGCAUGGGCUCCAAUGCCACACAGUGCGGUGGCGACGGCAUAACCAUUGUGCGCUCCAUCUCCGAUGCCAUCGAGACGAACUUGAAGUACAGUGCCGUGCGUCGAAACAAUUGCUAUUUGCGCCGCCCGGAAAUAUUGGAGACCGUCUACUCAGUAGAGGAAGAUCCAGAACCAACAUCUGAUGUGGCAGAGAAACGGGAUAAAUUCCGCACACGCUCGGAAAAAGCGCUGAGUUCGAGCUCUACGGAGGGACAAAUAGAUAGCAACUCUUCGCAUGCACCGGCGCACGCUUCAACACAUACCACAUUACAUCAAGCCAACAGCACUGAAGUGGAGCGUACCAAAGAGAACAUACGCAUUACACCUCCAUCACCGCAACGGCAACUCAGCAUUUCCAAACCCUUAGAGUCACCAACGAAGGACGGCUACACGGCGUACAGUGUUAUGGUGCCGCAGCUGCGCACCACGGCUGCCACACCGACUACCGAGCGGGUCAAUGCUUUGGUGGGCGCUGAUGUCGAUGGCAGUUCGCCUGGCGUUAAAUCGCAGGUAACGAACUACAAUCGCGUCAUGUCCAACCAUCGCUCGGUGACCAAACCCAAAGAUGUCAAAUAUAAACGUAUCAACAAGGCCAAGUCGAAGAGUUUGGAAGAAUUACGCGGCCGUCUCAAAAAUCUUGUGGAACGUGGCGGCAGCACGGGCAACGGACUCGAUGCACAUGGCGCCGGUGGAGUUGGCGUUGCUCCUUACACACACGGUGUUAUGCCGCAGACCGCACAGUCAUACGCGUGACAAUGGCCAUCAUUUGGUGGCUCCAACGCUACGCUCGCCGUUAUUGCAGCUACGGCGCCG